UUCAGUGACUGAGACAAACUGGAGGUGAGCGGAACGGGUGCUGUCCACGCGCGGCCGGUGCUGAACCUGGGACAUCAGCGGACCCGUUUUCACAUACCUUGAGACAACGCCCUCUAGCACCCCCUGUGCCCUGACGACCCUCUUUACCUGCUGGACCCUGUCAACUUGACAAAGGAGUGUGGUUUCGGACGUGGGAAAGAGUCCUCUGCCGCCUGGGCGCCCAUUCAGGCGUGACUUCGGGGAUUUCUAUAGUUUCAGACCAAACUAUUUACAUCUUUUCCCAGCUAAGCUUAUCUUUUUAGGUUUUUUAAAAAUUUAUUAUUAUUAUUAUUAUUAGUACUGUGAUUCACCAAUCCACACCGUUUAAGAAUCUUUCUGGGAGACUUUUUUGACUGUUGAAAUAAGGUGAAAAGGAUGUUUAAGUGCUGGUCAGCUGUGUUGUUUCUUGGAUUCAUUUUCCUGGAAUCAGAAGGAAGGCUAACCAAAGAAGCAGGAUAUGGCCUUAAAUCCUAUCAACCACUAAUAAGAUUACGGCACAAGGAAAAAAGUCAAGAAAGUUCAAGAGUCAAAGGAUUCCUGAUUCAGAAUGGCCCUUUGGGAUCCUGUGAAAACAAAUACUGUGGUCUGGGAAGGCACUGUGUUCUCAGCAGAGAGACAGGCCAGGCGGAAUGUGCCUGCAUGGACCUUUGCAGUCAGCACUACAAGCCCGUGUGUGGAUCUGAUGGAGAGUUCUAUGAAAACCACUGUGAGGUACAUCGAGCUGCUUGCCUGAAAAAACGCAAGAUUACCAUUGUUCACAAUGAGGACUGCUUCUUUCAAGGAGAUAACUGCAAGGCCACUGAAUACAGCAAGAUGAAAAGCAUGCUUUUAGAUUUACAAAAUCAAAAAUAUAUAACACACAACAAUGAAAACCCUAACGGUGAUGAUAUAUUUCGGAAGAAGUUGCUGGUGGAUGAAAUGUUUAAAUAUUUUGAUGCUGACAGUAACGGACUUGUAGAUAUUAAUGAACUAACACAGGUGGUAAAACAGGAAGAACUUGACAAGGAUCUUUCUGGUUGUACAUUGUAUGAUCUACUGAAAUAUGAUGAUUUUAACUCUGACAAGCACCUGGCUCUUGAAGAAUUUUAUAGAACAUUCCAGGUUAUUCAGCUGAGUCUGCCUGAAGAUCAGAAACUAAGCAUCACCGCGGCAACCGUUGGACAGAGUGCCGUUCUAAGCUGUGCUGUGCAGGGAGCACUCAGACCCCCCAUCAUCUGGAAGAGGAACAAUAUUAUUCUAAAUAACUUAGAGUUGGAGGACAUCAAUGACUUUGGAGAUGAUGGGUCUUUGUAUAUUACCAAGGUUACAACCACUCACAUGGGCAAUUACACCUGCUAUGCAGAUGGCUAUGAACACAUCUAUCAGACUCACAUCUUCCAAGUGAAUGUCCCUCCAGUAAUCCGGGUGUAUCCAGAAAGUCAAGCCAGAGAACCUGGGGUCACUGCAAGUCUCAGGUGCCAUGCAGAGGGCAUACCAAACCCUCAGCUUGGCUGGCUGAAGAAUGGAAUUGAUAUCACACCAAAGCUGUCCAAGCAACUCACGCUUCAAGCAAAUGGUAGUGAGGUUCAUAUCAGCAAUGUGCGCUAUGAAGAUACAGGAGCAUACACAUGUAUCGCAAAAAACGACGCAGGGGUGGAUGAAGACAUCUCUUCGCUUUUUGUGGAAGACUCUGCUAGAAAGACCCGUCUGGGGAUUGGGAACAUGUUCUACGUUUUUUAUGAAGACGGAAUCAAAGUGAUACAACCCAUAGAAUGUGAAUUUCAGAGGCACAUUAAGCCAAGUGAAAAGCUCCUUGGAUUUCAGGAUGAAGUCUGUCCAAAAACUGAAGGAGAUGAAGUACAGAGGUGUGUGUGGGCCUCAGCUGUCAAUGUCAAAGACAAGUUCAUUUAUGCAGCACAGCCAACUUUAGACAGAGUCCUUGUUGUUGAUGUGCAGUCUCAAAAAGUUGUUCAGGCAGUAAGCACGGACCCUGUCCCAGUGAAAUUACACUAUGACAAAUCCCAUGACCAGGUCUGGGUGCUCAGCUGGGGAACGAUGGAAAAGACUUCUCCAACACUGCAGGUAAUAACGCUGGCCAGCGGGAACGUGCCCCAUCACACCAUCCACACCCAGCCGGUAGGGAAGCAGUUUGACCGUGUGGAUGACUUCUUCAUUCCUGCUACCACACUUCUCAUCACCCACAUGAGGUUUGGAUUUAUCCUUCAUAAAGAUGAAGCUGCACUACAAAAAAUUGACCUUGAAACCAUGUCAUACAUCAAGACAAUCCACCUAAAGGACUAUAAGUGUGUUCCUCAGUCGCUGGCGUAUACCCACCUAGGAGGGUACUAUUUUAUUGGCUGCAAACCCGACAGCACUGGAGCGACUCCACCGCAGCUCCUGGUGGACAGUGUAACUGACUCAGUCAUUGGGUUCAACAGUGACGUGACGGGAACCCCGUACGUCUCUCCAGAUGGGCACUAUCUUGUCAGCAUCAAUGACGUGAAAGGUCUUGUGAGGGUCCAGUACAUCACCACCAGAGGAGAAAUACAGGAGGCCUUUGAUAUUCACACAAACCUGCACAUCUCUGACCUGGCCUUUCAGCCAUCCUUUACAGAAGCCCACCAGUACAACAUCUAUGGGAGCUCCAGCACACAAACGGACGUGCUCUUUGCGGAGCUCGCCUCUGGGAAGGUUAAGAUGAUCAAGAGCCUUAAGGAACCGCUCAAGGCUGAAGAAUGGCCUUGGAGCCAGAAGAACAGACAGAUCCAGGACAGUGGCUUGUUCGGUCAAUACCUGAUGACCCCUUCCAAGGACUCUCUGUUCAUACUAGAUGGACGACUCAAUAAGUUAAACUGUGAGAUCACUGAAGUUGAGAAAGGAAAUACGGUCAUCUGGGUUGGAGAUGCCUAGGAGCGCUGUUAAGUAAUUACUGAAGAGCUUUCCAGUACACUGCACUUAAUCCAUUGUUUAAAUUUAUAGCUUAACUUUUCAAGUUUACAACCUAAUCAACAUAAGUUACUUAGUUGGCCCAAAUAAAAUAGAAAUCAUUUUUUG